AUGCUGGCUGGUCUCCUCAACAGAGGCAGUCGACUUGCUUACAUUCAGUACCACGCCCAUCACUGCGGAAAUGGCUUGAAUCGAUACAGCCGGGCUUUUAGCUCUUGUCCUGUGCAACAAUCCAAACUACAAAUUGGUGAUAGAGUGCUAUUGAGAUGGAAGCAGGGCAAGACAUCAAAGCGGAAGCUCACCAAGCCUCUACGUGAAGAUGGCGAGACAGACAUCGAUAGUCACCCUAUCAAGCACAGCUACCUCAUCGGCCAGGAAUCCAAUGUACGGCUCCUAAGUACCUCGAAGGAUCGAUUGCGCAAGCUCAGUGUAUUUGCCAGACAUCCUACGUUGGACGAGUUCACAUCGCUUGCGCCACGGCGUGUGGCCCCUAUUUAUGCUACCUAUGCUGAAACAAUAGUCGCCUUGCUCGACAUUCACAAUGAGCCGCCAUCCUUAGAGAACGAUUCGAGGAAAAGUGGCCCGACAUUUCAGAUCUUGGAAGCCGGUACUGGUCAUGGCAGUUUGACCUUGCAGCUCGCUCGUGCAAUCGCUUCUGCCAAUCCGCCACCAAGUGAAGACAUCAAGCCUAGAGCUUCGAAAUUGACGAAAUACAGAGCAGGUGAGGAGAUUGACGAAGGCGAUAACAGUGGUGAGUCGGAUGCUCUCAAUGAAUGGCGGAAGCAGCGUCGCGCUGUCGUGCAUACUGUCGAUAUCGACCCUCUAAAUCGCGAACACGCCGACAAGCUCAUUCGCUCCUUUCGAAAUGCUGCCUACUGGCCACACAUCGAUUUCUAUGCUGGCAACGUCAAAGAAUGGGCUGCAGAGAAACUUUCCUCCACCGAGCAGCAACCUUUCCUCGACAUAGUGAUUCUAGACAUGCCUGGAGUAGAAGAAUACAUCUCAUCAGUCGUCGGCGCCGUCAAGAGUGGUGGGCAAUUGCUUGUUUUUGUGCCUCAAAUCACACAAAUUGCAAGCUGUGUCCAGGAAAUUGUCGGUAACGACCUAGGCUUGAAGCUCGAAAAGGUUGUUGAACUGGGUGACGGCAUAAGUAAUGGCCGUUUAUGGGACGUACGCCUCGCUGACCUGAGAAAUACUCGCUUGUCGAAGUUUGCGAAAGAUGGAGCAGAGCACGAGCCAGGCAGCGAAGCGGAACUGAAUAUUGUACAUGGCCGCCAGCCGACAAAAUCUGCAGUGGGCACGAUACCGCCCAUGGUUUGCAGACCUAUGGUCGGAGAGACGACAAGAGGAGGUGGCUUUGUUGCCUUGUGGAAAAAGGUCCAAAGUGCAGAAGCGCUUCAGAUCUCUCAGUAG